AUGGCAGCACCUCCAGCGCCACAGCCCCCGAGUCUCCUCGGGUACCACCGAGUACUCUCUCCCCUGGCCGGUAUCCGCGUUUCGCCCCUCUGCCUAGGCACGAUGCACUUUGGCGGGCAGUGGGCGCAUACCAUGGGCGAAGUGUCCAAGGAAACCGCCUUUGCACUUCUCGACAAAUUCUACGAAGCAGGCGGAAACUUCAUCGACACUGCCAACUUUUACCAAGGCGAGGGCAGCGAGAAAUGGAUUGGUGAGUGGCUGGCCGCGCGCCAGAACCGCAACGAGCUCGUCAUCGCAACCAAGUAUACCAUGAGCUACAGACACACCGGCCCCGAGAAGAUCAAGUCGAACUACCAGGGGAGCCACUCGAAGAGCCUGCGCCUCUCCCUCGAGGCGAGUUUGAAGAAGUUAGGAACGGACUAUAUUGAUCUGCUCUACGUGCACAUGUGGGACUUCUCGACCGGCGUCGAGGAGGUGAUGCAGGCGCUGCACCACGUCGUCGCUAGUGGGAAAGUAUUGAAUAUCGGUAUCAGCGAUGCGCCCGCAUGGGUUGUCGUCAAGUGCAAUGAAUACGCCCGAUUCCACGGACUGACGCGCUUCUGCGUCUACCAGGGCCGCUGGUCGUGCUCGUAUCGUGACUUUGAGCGCGAGAUACUGCCUAUGUGCCAAUCCGAGGGUCUUGCAAUUGCACCGUUCGGCGCCCUGGGUCGCGGUCAAUUUAAGACUGCCGACGAGUUCCAGCAGAGUGGCACGCGCAACAUGGGCCCGCAGGAGGAGAAGCACCGGCUGAUGGCCGCAAAGCUAGCGGAAGUUGGACAGCGCAAGGGUGUCGCCCCGACGAGCAUAGCACUGGCAUACGUACUGCACAAGUCGCCAUACGUUUUCCCCGUCAUCGGGUGUCGGACUGUUGAGCAUCUGGAGUCGAACAUCGAGAGUCUUGCGGUUGCGUUGACCGACGAAGAGAUCUACGAGAUUGAGGAUGCGACGCCGUUCGAUAUCGGCUUUCCCAUGUCGUUCUUGUUUGAGAUGCCGGGGCAGAAGUAUCGGAGUGAUAUGACAACCAGGCAUAUCUGGCAGGUUACCUGUAAUACUCGUCUUGAGGCCGUUCCCAAGCUUCGGCCCAUCGAGCCGAAGCAGGGAUACAACCAGAUGGAUCGGUAG